UAUUCUGCUCUCGGCGUAUGAUAGAGUGAAACUUGCUAUUGUGCGUCACCAUCGAAAAUGCCUAGGGGACGACCUCGGAGAGCGUUAGCUGCAACUGAGUUGGAGGAUCUACCAGUUCUCGGAACUGGACGGAAGUCUGUGGGGGGUGAUAGAGGAACAUAUGAGGAUAGCGAGUGGGAAGGAGCUGACGGAGCAAUGGCCAAAUUUACCUACGAAGGAAAUCAAAACUUCGCCGAACCUGGUAACAUCAAUGGAGAGGGCUUCUACCUCGAGCGUAUCGGAGAAGGAAAAGAGCUCACACAAUGAAAUUGCGGUACCAACUAAAGAAAAUGUGGGGAAUCAGAUGAAGGAAGCAGUUGGAGCACAAAGGCAAUUGGAUCUGCCAAUACAGGGGAAUGACGAUCAGAAAUGGAAAAGCCUAUUUGCUGCAAAUAAAAUGGCUUCCAGAGGUGUUUCCAAGGCAGACAGUGUUGAUCGCAGCUAGUGGUGUAUCCUCUUCCCCCAGCAGUCUCGGUGAGCCCCCACUUCAUCCCGGGGCCAUGUUCUUAUCUCUUGAUUCUAUUAUUACUAUUUUUUGAGGUAUUGCCGGGGCCUUGUUGCCGGAAUUUUCAUAACUCUCUCUUUUGUAUCUUUAGAGGCUCCGUAGACAUUUUGUGGGUUGUGUAUGGGUGCUAGAAAGGUCCGAUGAAUUAUGUUGUAUUUGGACUCUUGUCUCACUAAAUCAUAAUGUGUAU